AUGUUUAGCGGCGACAGUUAUAAUGACGGAAUUGUCUGCCAUAUCGAAGAUAUAGGAGAGGCCUCCAGUGAUUUAAGUGAUGGUUUUAUGGAGACUGUUUCGAAGUCGUCCGAUGAGAAUUCUGUUGAUGUUGCAUCCAAAGUAUUGAACAUACCUUCCGAAUUCGUCGAAUAUUAUAAGGAACUACCUUCUAGGUACAAGAUCGUCGCUCAAAUAGGAGAAGGUGCAUUCUCUAAGGUCUUUAAAGCCGAGGACACUGCAUGUAAUGGGUAUAUAGCCAUCAAAGUGAUCGAUAAAAAGGGAAUGAAAACCAGCCAGAUCGACUCGGCUCUGAAAGAGGUUGCAAUCAUGAGACGAUUACGUCAUCGUAAUAUUGUCAAACUUUAUGGAUACCAAAAUAGUCAGAAGUCACGAUUCUGCUUUCUACUUUUGGAAUACGUUGCCGGAGGAGAGAUCUUCAACCAAAUCAUUAAAUACACCUAUUUCAGCGAGAACUUGGCUCGUCACGUGAUCCGUCAAGUGGCCCAUGCUGUCAAGUAUUUACAUGACAAUGGCGUUGUUCAUAGGGAUAUUAAGCCUGAAAAUCUUCUCUUUGUACCCGUGAAAAUGAUUCACCGGUCUGAGAAAGAGCAGGUUUUGGCCCGGAGAAAAUCUGACGAUAACAAAAAGAUUGACGAAGGUCUGUUUAUCAAAGGUUACGGAUCGGCCGGAAUAGGUGUAGUCAAGUUGGCCGAUUUUGGUUUAUCCACCGUCUUGGCCUCAGACGAUAUGCGUGCCAAGACUCCGUGCGGUACCGUUGGCUAUACAAGUCCAGAGCAGCAUCUCAAUCUUGGAUACACCAAAAAGGUCGAUCUUUGGGCCAUUGGUUGUGUCCUUUAUACUUUGGUUGUUGGUUUCCCUCCUUUUUAUUCAAAUUCUGGUAAUUCGAAAGAAAUCAGCAUCAUAGUGGCUCGUGGUGAGUACAAGUUUUUAAGUCCUUGGUUUGAUGAGGUUAGUCAAGAGUGUAAGAAUCUCAUAUCAAACUUGUUGACUGUUGACCCUGAGAAGCGGUAUUCCAUAGAUGAUUUGUUGAGAGAUCCAUGGGUUACAAAAGGAUACGAAGAUGAAGUUGUUAGCAGCUUAUCCUCGGUGGCUGCUGAAGAUGCUCCAAGUUCUACGACCUUUGACAAAGAAUUGUUUUCCAAGUUUACUCAUCAUUUGGUUACGGAAAGUAAUGUGGAUGACUAUUUUGGUAUUGCAGAUCAGCAGCUUAUUACUACACCUCGUGCUGAGGCUAUUAGGAUGGUGUUUGAUGCUGGUACAGUUGUCCAAAGAUCCACUAGUCCAUUAGGAGAUAAAUUUGGAAGAUCCCGUGCUGGUGCGAUAGAUUCGUUGUAUUUUGCUGAUGUCAAGGAGGAAGAGGAGGAGGAAGAUGAGGAGGAGAAGCGUGAUGGCGACGAUGAUGACAGUCUUAACGGUGAUGACAGUCUUAACGGUGAUGACAGUCUUGACUGCGAUGACAGUCUUGACGGCGAUGACAGUCUUGACGAUGAAGACAGUCUUGACGAUGAAGACGAUAGUCUAGGUGAUUUCAACGAUGACGACCAUGACUCUACUCUCUCUCUUGAAAAUGCUAGUGUCAAAUCAGCUUCAUCGAUCACUGCUCGCCCUCCUGAGAUUGUAUAUGAUGGCUCAAUGUCGUCGUCCAGCUUUUCAGAGGCAGCUAAAGGUGAAGCGGAUGAAGUUGUGACUGCGGAGAUAUCAAACGACGAAACAGGGACUCGUAGGAGGUCGUCUGUAUCGUUUGAGCUGAAGCCAGGGAGGUGUCGGGCCCCUUCCAACUCUGCAUCUUAUUUGGCCGCACAUACUUUGGCAUAUUCGAAGAGUACAAGUUGCCAAAAGGAAUAUCCAAAGAGUCCAUGUCCAAGAAAAAUGAGUUUGGACGUACAUAUUGGCAUAGACUCAGAGCCAAAAAAGUGUCAAGAGACCGAUGUACUAGUGCCAAAGAUGUGCAGACAUCCCACACCUUACAUCAAAUACCCCGUGGAUGAUGUUGAGACAGCUCAGCCGAUGCAAUUGAGCUCCGGUAGUUUUGACCUCAAGCUGGAAUCGUCCACGAUUCUUAACCGGCGAAGACUCUCCACGCACCUCCCAUGA